AAAGAUUACUAGAGUCACCUGCCAACAAACUGGAAAUUUUGGAAGAUAAGCUCGACCUUGUUCGUUAUAAAGACAGUUUUAGAAAGGACAGCGCUUAUUUUUACAAAAGCUUUUGAAAUGAAGGUAUUUUUGUUGUUGUUUUCUGUGAUUUGUUGUAGCCAGGCUUUUAUUGUGUGUCCACAGAACGCCUGUGCCACCGUCAGGUGCGCAGCUGUUACAGCGGAGAACUGCAAUGGCGUCAUAAAACAAAAUGGCGGAUACUGUGGAUGCUGCGACUCUUGCGAGACUUAUCUUGCUGAGGGAGACUCGUGCAUGAGCUCCAUCUUUCUGGGCGUGCCCUCCACCAGUCACUGUGCGCCAGGACUGCACUGUGACAUGCACACAUUCAAGUGUGUCGCUAAUAGUUUUGCCUUUUUCAGAUGUCCAGAAGAAGGAAUUGUAUACUUGUUAUUUGAUAUAUUUGAUUUUAUAGCUCUGAAUCCAUGUGCCCAAGAAUUGUCGACUUUCACCGCCACCCAGAACGGCAUGCCACUUCUGGGUGCUCACAAACCUGAUUGUGACGCUGAUGGAUACUACCAGCCUAAACAGUGCCAAGGCUCAGGGUGCAACUGCGUGACGAAGGAUGGCAAAGAGAUUGACGGAUACAGUGCUCACAUCUGGGAGGCUCAGCACAUGACUUGUCAAUGUGCACGUGACCAGAAAGAGUACAUGGAUUCUGGUUUGAUUGGUCGCCUAUUUUACUGUACCAGUGACGGAAGUUACCAGAAUUACCGAUGUAUGGGUGACGUCUGUCAUUGCACGGACUCUGACGGCAACGUUAUCGCCGAAUCUCAGUCUGUCGAUAUUGCUCAUGUCGACGAUCUCAACUGUCGCCAGUAGAAAAUCAACUUUUCUUUGUGACUUAAUGUGUUUUAUUGUCAGAAAAGAAAAUAAAAAAGUUCCAGCUCU